AUGUGGCGGUCAUGGAAGCAAAAACAGUCCAAGGGAUCCGAGGCCGAGAGCCUGCCAGAAGAAACGGGCAAUCUUGAGAGGGUGCGUGGCUCCAUUGGAGACUGCAUUGAUUUCAGCCAAAUCCGAUAUCCACAAGAAAAGCGUAGCUGCAGGUAUGAUGAUUUGCCAACUUUCCCAAUCAGACCAAACUUUGCCUCGUUCGAGAAUUCUUUACGACCAGCUUCGCAAUGUGUGGUCUUUGACGGCUGCCCAGAGGACCCUUAUCAUCCAUCUAAUACUCCGAUCUACCAGACGUCUACCUUCGUGCAACCAUCUUCCAGCGAGUUUGGUCCAUACGACUACACGCGUUCUGGCAAUCCGACACGCACAGCUUUGGAAAAACAUGUGGCAAUGUUGGAGCACGCCGCAGCAGCUUUUGCAUUCUCCUUUGGUAUGGCUGCGCUGCACACCGUGACACGUUUGCUAAAGCAGGGAGAUCAAAUCCUGGUGAACGAAGACAUCUACGGUGGAAUGCACCGUUUGCUCACUCAGGAUUGCCAGCACAAUGGUGUUCAGGUCACUUUUGUGGACACCACGGAUUUGAGCACGGUCGCAAAAGCGAUCACGUCAAAGACGAAACUCAUCCAUACCGAAAGCCCCUCGAACCCACGGAUGCGCAUCACAGACCUUCGAAAGCUGGCGGUCUUAGCGCAUCAGCACAACGUCUUGCUGAGUGUGGACAGUACUAUGAUGCCGCCUGUCAUAUGCCAACCACUCCUCCUGGGCGUUGACAUUGUUGUCCAUUCCGCCACAAAAUUCUUCUCCGGACAUGCAGACUGUACCGGAGGGCUUGUUUGCGUGCGAGAUCCAGAGUUGGCCCAUCGUGUGGCAUUUCUUCAGAACGCGGAGGGUACGGCCUUGGCACCCUUCGAGUGUUUUCUCUUUCUGCGCGGCAUCAAAACCAUGUGGCUACGAGUCAACCGUGCUCAGGAGAAUGCAGUCCAAAUUGCCAAACUUCUCUCCAAGCAUCCUUUGAUCAAAGAGGUGUUCUUCCCAGGCCCAGGCGGCUGCAGCAGCGAAGCUCUCAGGAUCCACAACUCCCAAAGCUCUGGUCCUGGAUGCAUCAUCAGUUUCACCACAGGUUCUGUCGAUUUUUCUCGGCGCUUGCUGGAUGCCAGUCGGCUCUUCAAAACAACCGUCUCUUUUGGAAGGGUGAACAGUCUUGGCGAAAUGCCUUGUACCAUGAGCCACGCUUCCAUCCCUGCAGAACAGCGCACACUUCCCCCGGACUUGGUGCGGUUAUCUGUUGGCAUUGAAGAAGUGCGUGACUUGAUGCAAGAUCUUCAAAGAGCACUGGACUUUGCCAGCUCCCAGCGGCAGAUACCUGACCACGACGGGUACGACAGCCGCUUUGAGGAUUUACCGGUGGUUCCAAGGCUGCCUCCGGAUAUCGAGGAAACGCACACUUUUCACAGGUGCAACAGCCAAGACACCGGACCUGAAGGUGUACAAACUUUUGUGCCCCUGACUGCUUCAGUGACUGUGGCGCUGGUGGCUUUUGUCGCAGGGGGAAUCAUGGCCAUUGCACGUUGCAGAAAUUAA